UGGGAUGAUGGUGGAUCUGGGUGGAGCGACGCAGGGACGACAAGCGCAGAAAGAUAACCCCCCUCUAAAAUCACCACGGUCGGGAUAAAAAUAGUGAAACCCGCCAUACCGUUUUCACCGAGCGUUGUUUAUAUUUCACCACUUCAUCAAAGAGAGGGAGGCCAGCCCAUGAUGAACGGCGAGUCAGGUGCCGGGGUGGUGACGGCCCCCCCUCCCACCACAGCCCCCCACAAAGAGCGGUACUUCGACCGGGUGGAUGAGAGCAGUCCGGAGUACCAGAGGGAGAGAAACAUGGCGCCCGACCUGCGGCAGGACUUCAACAUGAUGGAGCAAAGGAAGAGAGUCUCCAUGAUACUACAGAGCCCGGCUUUCUGCGACGAGCUGGAGACGAUGAUUCAGGAUCAGCUGAAGAAGGGGAAGACGCCCACUAGCCUGUUGGCGCUGCAGCAGAUCGCAGACUUCAUGACCACCAGCAUGCCUUCCAUGUAUCCCGCUGCACCUCAGGGAGGCAUGGCGGCGCUCAACAUGAGUUUAGGUAUGGUGACUCCGGUGAAUGACCUGCGUGGCUCAGACUCUAUUUCCUAUGACAAGGGCGAGAAGCUUCUUCGCUGCAAGCUGGCCGCCUUUUAUCGGCUCGCUGACUUGUUCGGCUGGUCGGAGCUCAUCUACAACCACCUCACAGUCAGGGUGAAUUCGGAUCAGGAGCGCUUCCUUAUUGUCCCUUUUGGGCUCCUGUACAGUGAAGUCACUGCCUCCAGUCUGGUGAAGAUCAACCUUCAAGGUGAGAUAGUGGAUCGGGGCAGCACCAAUCUUGGGGUCAACCAGGCUGGCUUCACCCUCCACUCUGCCAUCUACGCUGCACGGCCAGAUGUCAAGUGUAUCGUACAUGUACACACACCUGCGGGAGCUGCGGUGUCAGCCAUGAAAUGCGGCCUGUUGCCCAUCUCACCCGAGGCGCUGUCCCUGGGAGAGGUGGCCUAUCAUGAUUACCAUGGCAUUCUGGUGGAUGAGGAAGAAAGUACUCUCAUACAGAGGAACCUGGGGCGUAACAGCAAGGUGCUCAUCCUGAGGAAUCACGGCUUGGUGUCUGUAGGUGAAACAGUGGAGGAAGCUUUCUAUUACAUCCACAACCUGGUCACUGCCUGUGAGAUCCAGGUGCGAACAUUGGCCAGCGCUGGAGGACCAGAUAAUCUGGUGAUGCUGGACCCGGGGAAAUACAAGGCGCGCUCACGGGUCCCGGAGCCAGCUGGCGAUGGGUCCUCUACACACCCCAAGUGGCAAGUCGGGGAGCAGGAGUUUGAGGCUCUCAUGAGAAUGCUCGACAACUUGGGCUACAGGACGGGCUACCCUUACCGCUGCCCGGCAUUGCGAGAAAAAUCUAAAAAGUACAGUGACGUGGAGAUUGCCUCCUCCGCUCACGGUGGUUACUCAUAUGGCGAGGACAGCGACUCUGGCGCUCGCUCCCCGUUGAAGCACAGCUUCCAGCGCGACAAGACCCGCUGGCUCAAUGCCGGCGGCCGGCCCGAUGAGCCCUAUGAGGACGGGCCCGACGGCAGCAGCCCCAAGUCGAAGCCUAAGGUGUGGACGAACAUAACACACGAUCAAGUCAAACCCUUGCUGCAGUCUCUCUCGUCUGGUGUCUGCGUGCCAAGCUGUAUAACCAACUGCUUGUGGACAAAGGAAGACGGAAUCCGCCAGACUGCUGUAGCCAAUCAGUUCAUCCCAAUGAACACCAACCCAAAAGAAGUCUUGGAAAUGAGGAAUAAGAUCCGGGAGCAGAACCUGCAGGAUAUAAAGACAGCAGGGCCCCAGUCUCAGGUUCUGUGUGCUGGCACCGUCGUGGAUCGUUCUUUCAGUCAGGACGCCCCUCUGUCUGACUGUACAGAUACUAUUGAUGGCCUCGAUGUGUCCGAGGGGUCCUAUAGUCCUGCUAAAUCAAUUAGAAAGGGGGAGCUAGUGACCGCAUCCAAGGCCAUCAUCGAAAAAGAGUACCAGCCCAAGGUUAUCGUCAGCAAGCAGGGUCCGAACCCCUUCACCAAACUUACCGACCAGGAGCUGGAGGAAUACCGCAAGGAGGUGGAGCAGAAACAGAAAGGGACUGAAGUGCACGGACGAGACGAUAGUAGGAAGGGAUCGUCCUCUACUGGACCCUGUCCUGAAAUGCUACCGAGGGGUCAAGCCUCUGUCUCCACACCUCUGCAGUCUGCAACCACCUCACCCACCUUAGAGAAAGCCCCGUCUGCAACCGCCACACUCGCCACGGCGGCCUCUGAGCAGGGCUCUCCUUCCCUCGGCCUCUCCAGCGGGGCUGAACCACUUGCAGAGGCGAUUGUAGAUGACGUUUUUUCGACCAUGGAUGAGGUUCUUUCGGCUCUAGAUUCCCCACAGAAGGAGUUCCACUGCGCUAUCCUGCGAGCCCUCAGCAAGGAGCCGUCAGCGGUAGAGGCAGAUCAGGCUCCAGACCAGAGGGAGCAAGUAGAGUCUGAGGAGGAGCCCAAAGGCCAGAAACCCACCACCACACCACCCAGCACUCCGGUCAGAGCAGAGGAAGAGUCCUUGCCAGAACAGACCUAUAAGGAUGAGAGCGACGCAGCCACCCUGAGACAGACCCUUCCAGAUUUAACACCCGAUGACCCCUCCGAUGCCCCAGCACUUCCUGCCGAAGACUCCGCCUCUGCCCCUGCCGCGGCAGACGUAGCUGAGGUGGAGGAGCCCGCUGAUGCUGGCGACCAGGAGGGUGAAGAGUCUCCCAGCAAAUCACCCUCCAAAAAGAAAAAGAAGUUCCGCACUCCUUCCUUCCUAAAGAAAAACAAAAAAAAGACAGAGUCCUAGAUUGGAGAAUGUUGGAUCGGUCCUCAAGGCUGGCAUCUGCCUCGUUUUUUUUAUUUCUGCAUUGAUUUGUUUUUUUUGUCUGCUAUCAUCGCACCCUUCGAGCAAAGCCGCUUUACAUUGUUUUGAUAUCAUGUGUCGCUGGCUUAUUAACCUAUUUUUCCUCGUUAGUGUGUGCCAAUUUUGUAUACAGUGUAAAAAUGACUGAUUGCUUAAAGGUUUUUAAUUAUUAGAGGCUUUUAGUUGUGAGUGAGUGAUGCUUUCUGUCUUGUCCACUCCCUCUGGCCUUUAAUGCAUGUCUAUUACUACAGGGCCACACACUCGCUGUGAGGUUUUAGGGCUGUAUUGCCCUCUUAUUUUUUUUUAAUUCUUAAAAAGAGUAUUACUAAGCUGUUGUAACCACUAGAAUGUAUCGGGAUUGUAUCAAAAAUAUGUCCAAGUGUCUUGUAAAAACAGUGAAUGCAGAAAGAGAAGGCUGUACCCUCUCAUUUAACUGGUGGUAAAUUCUGACAGAAGGACAAAUUGCAUAGUGCUAAUUUUACCUCUGAAGCUGUGCACCGAUGUAAUUAUGUGUUAGCAGGCCAGGAGAACCACAGCUGCAAAAUGCAGUCAUACAAAGUCCAAUGUUAAUGUCUCCAUAAUCCAAUAUUUUGAUUAAAUCAUCCCCAUACAAGCUGAAUCACAUCUGGAUGUUUGUUGAUUUUUCCAAGUUCUCUGCCCACGAGCAUUUGUCACGGCCUUAAAUUACAGGCAUGUUGAACAGUGCUUCAGAUCUUUGUAUAAUGUGGAAGUCCAGUUUAUUAUUUCUCAAACCAGAUUCAUUUGCAGUGCAGCAAUCCUGCAGACGAUAUUGUUUGAACCUAACGAUGUUGAGCGUGGUUCACGACGACGAUGAGUCAUCCCGGGAAGUUUUAGCGAGCAUUUGCGUGUGCUUGUUGAUAACAUAUUUGCUCUUGGCUGCAAGCCUUUAGUAUGAAGGAAUUUGGAAAACACAACGUUUAUGUUUUCAUUUAUUCUAAUUAUUUGAGCCUGGCUUUGUUUUGCAUUUGCCCAUUGAUUUCUCUCUGUAAAAGUCAAACAGGCAGAAAUCCUACAUAUUACGGAAUGCGUGAGUAUACAUACUUUGUUUUGUUCUCAAUUAUGUAAAUGUUUCUACUUUUUUUUCCUGUCUUUUUUCAAAAGAAAUAUCCUGCGCUUUUUCUCACAAAGUAGAUUGAGCCAUGAUUGCUUGCUGUGAGAGAGCACUGUGAACUUUCUCUUUUAUAAACCACUGUCUGGGAACCACACGUUGCUUUUAGAUAGUCACAGUCUGUCAUCAUUAAUGCCGUUGCUGCAGAGCAUGUAAAUGACGGUGUCACUGUUAUGAAGCUGCAUGAUCAGUCAUGUUUCAGAACCCUCAACCCGGACUCUCCUGUGUAAAACUCCAAUCCGCACCAAUAAGACUUUUAUCAUGGAAAACUUGUGCGUUUCCAGUCGCAGUAAAGACACAAUGUACACUGGAGGAGCGAUUCUAUUUUUUAUGUUAGUGGCGUGAUGGCAAAUGAGCUGUGCUUAAGGUUGCAGGGCAUUAAUACCAAGGUCAUCUCCAUGCAUUGCUUCCUAAUGUGUGUUUGUUCCUUUUGUUGUAUAGUGAAGGCUUGGUCAGCAGUCUGUCUAAGUCACGGUGAGCCCAAAGGCAAAACUAACGGGAAACAUAACCUGAUCUGAGAUGCUUAAUAAACCUCGGCAUUUAUUCACCACUACAUCUAUACAUGCAAGCACAGAAUGUCUAAUUUGUGAAAGACUGCAUGUGAAGAGUGUGUACUCUUCUUUAAAUAACUGUAACUACCCCUUUUGUUUGAUUAUAUUUUAUUUUAGCUUUAGCGUGCCGAUAGCGAUACUAGAGACCUUGUAGUCGAGGUUUUCAUUUUGAGUUCACCAUAGAUUUUUGUUUUAUUCUCACAGCUCUGUUCGUUUGUAUUCUGUCUGAUCUACUUCUGAAAGUGUCUCAUCAUUAUACAUCUACAGACUUAAUAUUUCCACCCAUCUUUUCUCAUGGUUCUGUCUCUUUUACAGCCAUGAAUAAAAACACUACCAUGAAAGUCA